CAUGUCAAACCCCACACAAAAAAAUUAGCUUCUCUCUAUACCAAACUAAGCUAUUCAAUAUUCUUCCCAAUUCCAAUGGCCUCUAGGAGAAAUCUGAAGAGGAAAUCACCAGAGAAAUAUGAAGAAGAUGGAGCUUUUGUUUUCCCACUGGAUGAACUUAAUCAAGAUCUUCUUGAAAGAGUUCUUUCAUGGCUACCAACUUCAACUUUUCUCAGCCUAAGUUCAGUCUGCAAGAGAUGGAAAUCUGCUGCUACUUCACCUGUUUUCCACUCUGCUUGCUCUCAAAUUCCAACCAGAGAACCCUGGUUUUACAUGGUUGAUUCUUCACAAUCUUCUCACUUCAAUAAUCAACAACAGUUUGUGUAUGAUUCUGCUGAGAUGAAAUGGAAAUUCCUUAAUUACCCAUCUAACUUUCUUGAAGAAAAACAGCAAAAUGACUCAAAUUUGUCAAAUUUCCUCCCUGUUGCUGCUUCUAGUGGACUCCUCUGUUUUCAUAAUGAAGAAAAUGGUGAAUUUCUCAUAUCCAACCCUGUUACUUCCUCAUUUCGAAAGCUCCCUUCAUUGGAUUAUUCCAAUAAUACCCUUUGUGCCAUUGGAAUGUAUUCCACUCAAGAAUCAUACAAAGUUUACCUAAUUUUUGGAGAAACACCAAAUCUUUCCUUCAGAGUAUACAAUUCAACCACAAAUAACUGGGAGGACUCUCAAGUUCUUAGUAGAAAAUCUUCUCAAUCAUUCAGUCCUGAUGAUGAUGAUGAUGAUGAAGAAGAUAGCCAAAUGCUCUAUUUCUUGAGUAAAUGUGGGAAUGUAGUAGCAACUGAAAUACAAAAAACCCCAUGUAAACAGUACUCUUCAAUAACCACCACAAAAGACGGUCAAGAAAUCCUCUGUUUCUUGAACUCUUCUGGGAAAGUGGUUGUUUGCAAUUUUACUGAGAAGCACUUUUUUGAGUACCCAAGAUUGCUCCCACUUCAUAAUGAGUAUUCAAUUGAUUUAGUUGAAUGUGGAGGAGAAAUUUUUGUGGUUGUGUUAUCUGAAUUCUUGGAAACUGCAAGCCUUAGAAUAUGGAAAUUUGAUGAAAAAGAAUGGACUUGGAAUCAGGUUUUAGCAAUGCCAGCAGCAAUUUCACAUGAAUUUUAUGGCAAGAAAUUGGAUAUCAAUUGCAGUGGUUCUGGUGAACAACUAUUUGUCUGCAUUUCUAAUUCUUUUGAUGAGAGUUGUAGGUAUUUCUUAUGCAAUUUGGCUGGAAAUGAGUGGACUGAAUUGCCUGCUUGUUGUAGGAAAUUCAGUUGUGCAUUCUCUUUUCAGCCUAGGAUUGAAGCUUCUGUGUGAAAGCAGAAAUUAUUCGAUUUGACUGGGAGGAAAAUGUAGUAGGAUUUAGAUUUGGGAUUCUUCAUUCUUUUUUCUUUUUACUUCUAGUUUGUUUUACUUUUCACUUUAUUCUUUUAGGAUAUUUUUCUUGUUACUUUGGAAUUAUUUAUUAUAGUUGGUGAUAUUUUUUUCGGCU